AGGAUUAUUAUCCAAGAGGAUUUAGACCUUGCUAAAAAAGAUGCCUGCUGCCUGUGAUUCAGUGCUUGAAGAUAUUGAAGAUAUUGUGUCAGCAGAAGAUUUGAAACCACAUGAUCGGCAGUUUGUAAGAAAGAAUGUUUUUCCGAAAGUGCGAAAACGCAAUUCACAAAAAAAUAUUCAGACAGAUGACGAUCCCCCAAGUGACAGCAUUAUUCCUGGUGCUCAGAAAAUCUGGAUUCGCACAUGGGGAUGUUCUCACAAUAAUUCAGAUGGUGAAUAUAUGGCUGGACAGCUGGCUGCGUAUGGAUACAAAAUUACAGAGACCUGUGCCCACAUUGUGAUUCAAGAAGGUAUUUGUCAUUUAAGGGAUCUGCCUUUCUCAUCCUUACUGUUAAUGGACACUCAAAGAAGGAAAAUUACUACAAACUGGAAACAUUUUUCUAAGCUUCAGUAAAAAAAGUUGAAAACUGAUGUGAACUAGCAUUGGGUUUGUUGUUUUUGUGAGAUCCAAGACACUGAGAAAUGCCUGCUAAUGAGCAGCUCGCCCCUGUAAAACUUUAAGCUUUCAUAGAUGUAUUUUUUUCUUUUCAUUAAUAUAGUCUAGCUUUUUGUCAAAAGCAAUUCCAUUCCCGUUAACACCUACUUCAGGUACCAGGAACUAAAUCAAGAAUACACUUUGAUGUAUAGAAAGUGUGGAACUAGUUCAUGUCUUACUAAUAUCGAGGAGUGUGUGACUUAAUAAACAAACUGUGUGG